AAACAUCUUCCCUUCUGAAAUAAGGACAAUGAAGGCGGCCGUUUGCUUGCUGCUAAUGGCCGCGGUGGGGAUCAAGGCGCAGAAGCCCGAAGAGGCCGAAAGCCACGCGGCGGGAGAGGCGCCAGAAUUCGUUUACCGCAACAGAUACAAACGCUCUGCCGAGGCCCAGGACAAAUGCACUUACACCUUCAUUGUGCCCCAGCAAAGAGUAACCGGGGCCAUUUGUGUGAACUCCAAAGAGCCCGACUCCGUGCUGGACAACAGGGUGAACAAGCAAGAGUUGGAACUUCUCAACCACGAACUCCUGAAGCAAAAGAGGCAGAUAGAGACCCUGCAGCAGCUGGUGGAGGUGGACGGCGGGAUCGUGAACGAGGUCAAGCUGCUGCGCAAGGAAAGCCGCAAUAUGAACUCCCGCGUCACCCAGCUGUACAUGCAGCUGCUGCACGAGAUUAUCCGGAAACGGGACAACGCGCUGGAGCUGUCCCAGCUGGAGAACAAGAUCCUCAACCAGACGGCCGACAUGUUGCAGCUGGCGAACAAGUACAAGGACCUGGAGCACAAGUACCAGCACCUGGUCACCAUCGCCAACAAUCAGUCGUUCGUGAUCGCACAGCUGGAGGAGCACUGCCAAAGGACGCCGUCCGCCAAGCCGGUGCUGCCGCUGCCGCCGCCAAACCGCGUCUACCAGCCGCCCACGUACAACCGCAUCACCAACCAAAUAUCCACCAACGAAAUCCAGAGCGAUCAGAACUUAAAGGUCCUACCGCCGACUCUUCCCACCAUGCCCCCCGUCACCAGCGUCCCAACGUCCACCGAUAAGCCCUCAG